GUUUUCCUGGAAUUAGAUCUGUUGCCUUAGAGCUCAGGGGAAGAAAGGCCAGUGAUGCAACGGUUAGGAGGAGUUACUGGGAAAUCAGCAGCUGGUAGCAGAAGGACCACACGGGAGGGAGGGUUGAGCCCAGAGCUUAAGUGGGGGAGUCUCACCUUUGCUUCUUAAUGAAAGGAUGUCACCCCUCGCGGUCCUAAUCUACCCUCCUCUCCUCCUAUUGUUUAUCUAUCAUGCAGAUGCAAUGAAUGUGAUCAAGGUACGUCCAUUCGACAAUAUUUCUCUGCCCUGCCAUUUCUCCUUUGUGGAUAGUACAGAUGGCUUAUCCUUCACCUGGGAGAGGGAAGAUAUCAAGGAGGAGAAUGAAGUAGAAGAUAAAGAAUUUUACAAAUUUUUUGUCGGACUUCAUGAUUUUUAUCAGUUUUAUCCAAAGGUGAUAUAUAGCUUUAGCGACAACAUGGAACAAGAGGAAGAGCGGAAUUCUCUCUAUGAAGGCAGGGUCUGGGUAGAUGAGGAGGAGAUUCCUGAGGGCAGCCUGACACUCAUCCUGCAGCAAGUUCAGUUUUCUGAUGAGGCUCUGUAUAUAUGUAAGGCCACUAAUUCACGGGGCAGAGGGUUAAGAAAAAUGAAGCUCAUUGUGGAUGAUGCUGAAGAGCCACAGGUGCAGUUCAGCACAGUCGAUGAUACACUUGUGGCCAAGUGCAUCUCAGCUGGCUGGUACCUUAUGCCAAAGGUAACCUGGCGUAACCGCAAGGAAGAGGAUCUGUCCAGCUACUCCAAAACAGAGAUUUUAGAAGAGAAACAGGAUGGGUCGUACAGGGUGGUGUCUACUUUACAUUACCCUGUAUUGCUCCAUGAAAUCUACACAUGUCACAUUGAAGAGGAUGAUGUGCUCAACAGACCUGUUAGAUCCAUCCACAAAGUCCCAAAGAGGAAGUAUCAUAAUAUGUACAAUCACUACUAGGAAAUCCAAACCUAGUUGAUGCAGCUUGUGAAGAGCUCAUUCCUUCAUCACAUCAGCUCUGUACCGUGCCUGCAACAGCAGAAGGA